GCAGCUGACAGGCAUGCUCAAGGCCAGUGGGAAAGGACUGCUCUUGUGGUUACUGGAAGCCAUGAGGCUCACGUGGAGGAAGAUAAUCUGCCCUUGCAGGAGGAGUUGGACAGGGCUGACAUGGAGCUGCGGGAGGAGGAAGAAAAGCAUCUUCAGUCUGAGCAUUGCGUUUGUGACUUGAAGACUGCCUUGGAUGACAAGGGAAGAGAAGCAAUAACUUCUUCCCAGAAACUGCAGGACCUCCCGCUGGCGUCUUGCGAGACUAAUAUGACUGUAAAACAAGUGGAAGAAGAGGCGCAAGACUUUGCAAGUGAAAAGAGCAGAUUGGAAGGCACUGUCCAGCAGCCAAGCGAUGGCGUUGAAGCCCUUCCGAGAGACCUGCAAGCCUCUGCCUCAGGUGGUGAACUUUGCCAGCAGCUGGACAUGGAGCCUAGAAGAGGCAUGCCGCUCGAGGCUCAAAAGCAGGCUUUGCAAGGAGAGCUGUCCAGUCUGCAUGGGAAGUGUGAAAACCUGGAGAAGAGCAAAUGGCAGCUGCAAGAAGAGCUGGCAGAACUCGAUCAUCGUUUGGAGACUUUGCUGCUGGAUGGCAGCCAAAGAGAAGAAUGUAAAAGAGAGGUAGAAGAACCGGCUGACCAGGAAAGAAGUCAAAAGCUACAAGACGUCAGCCUCGUUUUGCAA